AAAACAUCCAGCCCUCACUCCACCAUCCACACAUCAUUGCUUGGCUCCAACCACCAACCACUCAACCAACUCUAUCAUUCUACACAUUCAAAAUGGUCUGCUGCGGACGUAACAACGGCGCCUGUGUAUGCGCCCAGGAGGCUACUUGCUCGUGCGGAAAGCAGCCGGCGCUUCAGUGCACCUGCGAAAAGGCCGCCACUGAGAACAAGCUCCCCGAGUCGACUUGUGCCUGUGGAAAGCGCGCUGAAGACGCCUGCAACUGCAGCCGCAGCCAGAACAGCGGCUCAUCCAGCCUCGAAACCGACUUCACCACCAAGGGGUAGAUGGGUUUGCGCAACGAGGCGUUGGGGAUUGCAUUUGAGCGGCGGGGAUGUGACAUGCGGAGGAAGUUUGGGCGUUUGGGCGUCGGUGAGGCGUGAGACGGCGGUACCUGGGCUGAAUUUACGUGUCGGCGAGCGCGGACAUGCAUGUAUGUACUAGGAAGGUUGAGAAUCAAGGGCUGUUUUUGAC